AUGAUCAGACGGUUGGUGGAAGAUGUGCAAGCCAGGCUGCGUUCUGGAGUGACCAUCAACUCACUGGACCAGUGUGUUGAGGAGCUUGUCCUCAACAGCAUCGAUGCCAAAGCAACAUGUAUAGCCAUCAGAGUGGAUUUGGAAGCUUUUAAGAUCCAGGUAGUGGACAACGGCUCUGGGAUGGGGAAAGAGGACUUACAGGCUGUUGGAAAACGGUACUUCACCAGCAAGUGCAGCUCAGUGGGAGACCUGGAGAACCUGACAUUCUACGGCUUCAGAGGGGAGGCUGUGGCAAGUAUAGCCAACAUGGCCAGUGUGGUGGAAAUUUCAUCUAAGACCAGCAGGACAUCAAAAACAUUUGUGAAACUGUUUCACAAUGGGCAAGCACUGGAAGUAUAUGAAGCUGAAUUGAGCAGACCAAGUGGUGGAACUACAGUCACCGUGUGCAAUCUGUUCCACCAGUUACCAGUGAGGAGAAAGUGUAUGGAUCCUGUGCUGGAGUUUGAGAGAGUGAGACAGAGGGUAGAGGCUGUUUCACUAAUGCAUCCUUCUGUCUCCCUUUCCUUAAGGAACGAUGUUUCUUGUUCUAUGGUGCUUCAGCUCCGUAAGACAAGAGAUGUGUACUCUCGAUUUUGUCAAAUUUAUGGGCUGGGAAGGUCCCAGAAGUUGCGAGAGAUAAAUCACAAGUCUGGGGGAUUUGAGAUCAGUGGCUAUAUCAGCAUUGAGGGACAUUACAAUAAGAACAUGCAGUUUUUGUAUGUGAAUAGGAGGCUUGUUUUAAAGACAAGGCUACAUAAACUAAUUGAUUUUUUAUUAAGAAAAGAAAGUGUAAUUUGCAGGGCAAAAAGCAUCCCUGCGAGCCGACAGGCCAGUUCAAGCCCUGGUCACCAUCGCUGUGGCCCAGAGUUCUAUGGGAUCUUUGUCCUCAAUGUGACCUGUCCCUACAGUGACUAUGAUGUGUGCCUGGAACCUGCAAAGACUCUGAUUGAGUUCCAGAACUGGGAUCUUCUUCUAACUUGCGUAGAGGAAGGAGUGAAAAUAUUUUUGAAACGAGAGCAUUUAUUUAUUGAGCCGUGCAGUGAGGAUGUCAGGGAAUUUAAUGAAGAUAGUGACUUCUGUUUGCAUAACGCCCCAGCUCCGAAGCCCUCGAUCCCUGCUGAGAAGAGCACACAGGACAGUUUUAAGAAAGCAUGUGAUGAAAUUGUGGAUUCCUAUGAAAUGUGUACCUUGCAAUCGAAAGAUGUCAAAAGGAAACCCGUUACUGGAAAAAAAAUUCCAAGUCUUACAGAGUCAAGUAAAAAUGUACAAGAAACCGAAAUCAUCCCAAAUCAGAAGUCUGCUGAGUCGUCUGAUCCAUGUAGAAACAAUAAAGCAGAGAUGCCAGUGCCUGGCAAAGAUGACACAGCUGAUUUAAUUAAAUCAAAUACCUCAGAGCAGAAGCCAAAACACCCUAACAGUUCCCCAAAAGCAUCUGAUACUCAUCUGAAACCUUCAGAAAGUCUCUGCUUCUCUUUCGGUGGAGGGGCCAGGUCAGAAAUAAGAGAAAUAGACAGUUGUGACCUGCAGGAUUGUGCAGAGAGCUACAAAAGAGAUGUGUGCAGCCAGCAAGGCGAAGUAACACAUAAAAGCAGUAAGGUCAGUACCUUAAACAAGGAUGUUGUUCAGUCACUGCCUGAGAGAGAAGACCCUACUGAAACAGCAGUGGGACCUGCAACUGACUCAUUGAUAAGACUGUGUAAUGCAAGAGGAGGAGAGAGGGAAAUAGCUGAAGUGAGAGAUGGUACUGGAGGAGAGGCUGUUAGUUCGAUGCCGUUAAAGUUGAGCUCUACAGGCCUCAUAAGAUGUGUUAUGCAACAUGAGCCCCCACAAGAGUGUGAGCAAACAGAAAUGAAUCCUGCAUUAAACACACAGUGCAGGCCUGGCCCUACCAGUCCCAAGGAUACUUUUGGCCACAAAGUGAAUUUUGCAAUUAAAUCUUUGAGUGCUAAGGCUGUUUCCAGUAACACAAAUAAAGAAUAUACAGCUCCUUAUACCAGAGAAGUACACAUGACUGAUGGUAAUGAGAACAAAACUUUGUCCCAUCAGGUGAGGGAGGAGACAGCUGUGCCUACUGCCACCAGUAAAAGAUAUCAUGGGACUUCAAAUGAUACAGAAUUGCCACUGGCAACUUCAUCAGGUAUUCCUCACAAUAAAGUUAUUAAAAGAACUGCAAGACAAAUAACUGUGCCAAGACCUCAGCCCUUUAAGACACUGAGCUUGUGCACACAGCUGGGUUCGUUAGAAAAGUUCAGGAGGUAUUAUGGGAGCAUGAAUUCCAUGCUACCAACACCCUUGUCAGAGCGAAGUGAACUUGGUGUCCCAGUUCUUAAUUCACAAACUAAUUGUGACUUUUCAAGAAUUGAGAAUGACAACUGUGGUAACUUAAGCACUUGUGAAGCUCCACCUGUGGAGGAUACAGAUUCUAAUAAUACUAGACAAGUUUUUGGUUCUUUGGAAAAGACUUUAUUUUGCAGUGGAGAAUCAUCACUGGACAAACGAGCCCUUUGUCAGAGUCCUUUGACAUUGCCUGAUUACUCUCUGCUUAGUAAAAAAAAUACAAAUUGUGAAAGAUCUCCAGGAUCUUUGUCAUCCAAACUGUCCGGAAUGAAAACUGAACACAAAGAAGUAGAACAACUUGGUGAACAAUUCAAAACAAAUUCAAACAGAAAAGAUGACUACUCUUUUGAUCUUGAAUCCUCAAAUGAUUUUUUGUAUAAUGCUUGUCAGACACAUAAAUCCUCAGUUGAAAAAGCAAGGGAAUGUAAUUACAGCAUUUCUAAGGAGGAUGCAUGCUCACAAUCAGAUGAUGUGAUAGCAGAGUCCAUGAAGGGUUCUGUCAGCUCACCACUCAGCAGCAUAGAAGGGGAGUACACAGUCUCUUCAAGCAGUGUUUUGUCAUUGCCUGUUAAAAAUGAUGGGAGUGACAUAAUCUGUGAAGAUAAAAGUAUGGUAGAUGAAUCCCCAGAACAAAAUUUGAAAGACACUGAGGUUUCCCAUGUGGCCUUACAAAGUGACUUGGAAUUCUCUGCAGACAACACAAGCACAGGUGAUCCCAGGAGGGAUUUGCAUUGUUCUGUAUGGCUGCAAGAUUUUGAUGCUUCAUCGGGUAGGACAAUAUACAUCAAUAAAGCCACUGGACUGAGCACCUACAACACUCCUCCUGGGGAAGGGUUUCAAGCUGCCUGUGUUCAAGAUAUAACAACAAUGGCUGUGAAUGUUGUUUUGGAGAACGGGUUUCAGUUCAGAUGCCAUCCCUUUAGAAGUGAAGUUGUGCUACCUUUUCUUCCUAGACCACAGAAAGAGAAGAUUCAGGCAAGCCAGGAUCUGAAAGAUGCUGAAGGGGUGUCUCUGCAGUCAUUGCUGUUGGAAUGGGAUAAUCCUGUUUUUGUUCCCUGCCCAAAGCUUGCUGUCAAUGUGACCAGCAGUCAGGCUGACAAUCUGGCUGUGAAAAUCCACAAUAUCUUGUAUCCUUAUCGUUUCACCAAAGACAUGGUUCAGUCAAUGCAGGUUCUUCAACAAGUGGACAAUAAAUUUAUUGCUUGUUUAAUUAACACUAGGAAUGAAACGGAUAAAAAGGCAGAUGGAAACCUCUUGAUUUUGGUGGACCAACAUGCAGCACACGAACGGAUCCGUUUGGAGCAGCUAAUUGCUGAUUCCUAUGAGAAGGAAGCUGCAGCAUGUGGCAGGAAGAAAUUACUGUCGUCCUCCAUCUCUCCUCCCCUGGAGAUUGAAGUUACAGAAGAGCAAAGAAGAUUGCUACGAUGCUGCUACAAAAAUUUGGAGGACUUAGGUCUUGAAUUAUCAUUUCCUGAGACAAACAGCUCCUUGGUUCUUGUGAGGAGAGUGCCGCAGUGUUUUCUAGAAAGAGAAGCCAAUGAGUUACGACGGAAAAGACAACCUAUCACUAGAAGUCUUGUGGAGGAGCUUAUUCAAGAACAAGUUGAGCUAGUGCAGACCACAAGAGGAGGAGCACGAGGGACACUGCCUCUGACAUUUCUGAAGGUGUUAGCUUCCCAGGCCUGUCAUGGAGCUAUUAAGUUUAAUGAGCAUUUGACUUCAGAGGAGAGCUGCAGGCUUAUUGAAGCUUUGUCAUCUUGCCGGUUGCCCUUCCAGUGUGCUCAUGGAAGACCUUCCAUGAUGCCUCUUGCAGACAUAGACCAUCUACAGGAGGAAAAACAGCCUAAACCUAAUUUGGCCAGACUGCGGAAGAUGGCACAAGCAUGGCAUCUCUUUGGAAAAAAAAGACCUUAAUCCAAAAAUGCUAAGAUUGUAAGCUGCAACCACUAGAAGUGUUGGUAUGAUCCAUGUGCCCUGUUGUUAGACAGCAAUACUCUGUAUGGAGCCAUGUUCUGAGUCAGUGCAUUCACUGAAGUUCUGCUCCAAGCACUGACCCAAGAAGCAGAGCACAGCCAGGAGAACAUGGCAGGAGGAGCUCACCCUUGUAGCCUGGAGAAAUGUCUUCAGCAUUAAGGAACUGCAUUGUAAGUCUGGGCCCUAUGUCAGUACUUGGCUAUUGGACGCAAGGAGUUGCACCCACUCAGUUACUAAAGUAAAGUGCUUUUUUUCUGCAAGCACAGUGUGAUUCUGCAUAACAAAGGGGAAAUUUAAUUAGUGUGUUUUACAGUGCUUUAAAAAUUGGGAGGUAUUUCUUCACAAAAUUAACACUAAGCUCA